UUCUUUUUUGGCAUCUGAUCCGUUCAGACUCUAAAGCAGAAAUUGCGGUUUCAAACGGGUCUCGAUUCCUUCGAGUCCAAGCCAAAGCCUACAAAGGCAGGAGCUUUAGAAGCAUAAGGGCAAAGAUCUGAUUGGUUGGUCGAAGCGUACAGAGGUAUCCGAUAAAUGGCGUUGUUUCGCAAAUUGUUCUACCGGAAACCCCCCGAUGGUUUGCUCGAGAUAUGCGAUCAAGUGUUCGUGUUCGAUUGCUGCUUCUCUACAGAUGCUUGGGAAGAAGACAACUACAAAGUUUAUAUGGGUGGGGUUGUCACUCAACUACGUGAACACUUCCCUGAAGCAUCGUUUCUCGUGUUUAAUUUCCAUGAAGUGGGAACUCGAAGUCAGAUGGCUGAUGUCUUAUCCGAAUACGACAUGACCAUAAUGGAUUAUCCUCGGCACUACGAAGGCUGUCCGUUGUUGUCUAUGGAGGUGAUGCACCAUUUCCUCAGAUCAAGUGAAAGUUGGCUUUCACUUGGCCCGAAUAACUUGCUACUAAUGCAUUGCGAACGUGGUGCUUGGCCUGUUUUAGCUUUCAUGUUAGCCGCCCUUCUUAUUUACCGGAAACAGUACAGCGGUGAGUACAAGACCUUGGACAUGAUCUACAAGCAGGCUCCUCGGGAGCUUCUGCAUUUGCUCUCAGCAUUGAACCCCAUCCCUUCUCAGUUACGGUAUCUACAAUAUGUGUCAAGAAGGAAUUUGGUCUCUGAAUGGCCUCCCCUGGAUAGAGCUCUUACCAUGGACUGUGUUAUUAUGAGAUUCAUUCCCGAGUUUGAUGGACAGGGAGGAUGUCGUCCAAUCUUCCGGAUAUACGGACAGGAUCCUUUUCUUGCCGCUGAUAAAGCUCCCAAACUUUUGUACUCAGCUCCCAAGAAAGGGAAACAUUUGCGGCUGUACAAACAGGUCGAAUGUGAGCUAGUUAAAAUCGACAUCAAUUGCCAUGUCCAAGGCGAUGUUGUGGUGGAGUGCCUCAGUUUGAAUGAUGACAUGGAAAAAGAGGUUAUGAUGUUCCGAGUUGUGUUCAACACAGCCUUUAUUAGAUCAAAUAUUUUGAUGCUUAACCGUGAUGAAGUUGACACUCUAUGGGAUGCAAAAGAACGAUUCCCAAAGGGCUUCAGGGUUGAGCUUCUCUUCUCGGAGAUGGAUGCUGCCUCUUCCGUUGCUUUGAUGGAUUUUUCACUCUUGGAGGAGAAGGACGGUCUUCCUAUAGAAGCUUUUUCCAAAGUUCAUGAGAUUUUCAAUCAAGUUGACUGGGUGGAUCAGACAGAUGCCACACGCAAUAUGCUUCAGCAUUUAGCCAUUGCAAAUGCAGUCCAAGAAAAGACAGAUGGGAACCACAAUAAAAUUGUGGCAACAAGUCCUAGAUUACAUGGUUUUAGCCCAAAAAAUAUCCAUAAUAUUGUGAAGCAGGCUGUGCUAGACAAUAAUGCAAAAGUCAGACUGUCUUCAGUUUCAGAUGUUGAAUCACUCGCUUCACCAGCACUCUCUCCUUCAACUGAUGCGAAUAAGAAGCUCAUUGCGGAAGAUCUGCAGACUGUCCUCCAAAUCUCUGGUAAGGCAGAUACAACCAACCAGGAAACCACUGCUUCUUCGCCUCAAGUGUCGCCAUUUCUCAAGCUGGUGCAUCACAGUGCAACAGUUAAACCUUUUUUGCCCGAUUCUUGCCCUUUAGAGAUGGCAGAAGAGAGUUGCCUGAAGAAAGGUUCUCCUGCAAUGAAGGAUCAAGGUGUAGGUGUUCCAGUAGCUGUAGUAGGCAAAGAGAAAGAUGUCUUAGCUUUACCAUCCCCACCACCUCCUCCUCCUCCUCCUCCUCCUCCAGCACGACUGCAGUCAGCUCUAACAGAAGUACCUUCCCCGCCUCCAUCUGCAACUGACCCAGUACUAUCUGACCUUUCACUCAAACAGAUAGAGCCAUCAGUUGUGAUUCCCAUUAUCCUUUCGCCAUCUGAGAGACCUCCUACUUGUUCUCAGAAAGCUUCAAAUACAACCGAUUCAUCAACAGUUCUGCAUCCUCCACCAGCAUCAGUUUCUUCUACCAAUUUUUUGCCAAAUGACUUGCAAGUUUCUACUUCUCCUGCAACUUCAUAUCACAAGGAAGCCUCCAGUGAUGUGGCUUCAGGUCUAGGAAAACCUGCCCCCCCACCACCACCACCCUUUUCUCCAACUCCUCAUGCUCCUCCAAUACCAUAUUCAGGCGAGAACUCUGUUCUGGGAUUUGCACCCCCUACGCCACCAGGAAGACCUCCACCACCCCCAUCGGCACCUGCCCCUGCGUCUCCUCCUAUGCCACAUCUAACCGGGAAAGCAGUUACUAAAGUUGCGCCUCCUACACCACCACCACCUCCUACCCGAAGCCCAAGCCCAAGUGUAAGUUUGUCGCCCAAGCCACCUCCUCCACCACCCACUCCUAUCUCACUGUCAUGUCAAAAUAAAGCUCCAUCAGUACCCCCUCCUCCUCCUAAGAUGGGUGCCAAUUCUUCUCCGUCCGCUGGUACAAGUGGUCCUCCGACACCUGUGCCACCAUCUGGGUCUCUUUCAUCGGGAAAAGGAAGGAUGUUGCGAUCUGUUAACUCGAAGAGUCAUCAGACCAAAAAGCUGAAGCCAUUGCAUUGGUUGAAACUGACGAGAGCCGUCCAAGGGAGCUUAUGGGCUGAAACACAAAAGUCUGGUGAAGUUUCCAAGGCUCCUGAGAUUGACAUGACGGAGCUUGAAUCUCUUUUCUCGGCAUCUGCUCCAAACACAGAGCAAGGUGGCAAGUCAAGACUUAAUAGCUCUCGUGGACCCAAAUCUGAGAAAGUCCAACUGAUUGAGCACAGGCGAGCGUACAACUGUGAGAUUAUGCUUUCGAAAGUCAAAGUUCCUUUGCAGGACUUGAUGAGCUCGGUGCUUAACUUGAAGGAAUCAGCACUUGAUGCUGAUCAGGUGGAAAACCUAAUUAAGUUUUGUCCAACAAAAGAAGAAAUGGAACAACUAAAGGGUUAUACCGGUGAUAAGGACAAGCUUGGAAAGUGUGAACUGUUCUUCUUAGAGAUGAUGACAGUUCCACGAGUAGAAACAAAGCUCAGAGUUUUUUCAUUCAAGAUACAGUUCAGUUCUCAGGUUUCUGAACUCAAAAAUAGCCUGAGUAUUGUAAACUCGGCAGCUGAACAGAUCAAGAACUCUGUCAAAUUCAAAAGUAUAAUGCAGACGAUUCUGUCUCUCGGUAACGCUCUAAACCAGGGGACUGCUAGGGGUGCCGCGAUCGGAUUUAGACUGGAUAGUCUUCCUAAACUCAGUGAGACACGUGCUCGAAAUAACCGCAUGACACUGAUGCAUUACCUCUGCAAGGUUCUCGCUGAGAAACUCCCAGAGGUCUUAGAUUUUGCAAAAGAUCUGGCUUCGCUGGAGCCUGCAACAAAGAUUCAACUGAAAUUUUUGGCUGAGGAAAUGCAAGCUAUAAACAAAGGUCUGGAGAAAGUAGUACAGGAACUUUCCUUGUCUGAAAAUGAUGGCCCAAUCUCGCAUAACUUCCACCAGACCGUGAAGGAGUUCCUUCAUUUUGCUGAAGCCGAAGUACGAUCCUUGGCUUCACUGUAUUCUGGGGUGGGCAGGAACGUGGAUGCCUUGAUCCUAUAUUUCGGUGAAGAUCCAGCUAAAUGCCCUUUUGAACAAGUUGUUUCGACUCUGCUAAACUUUGUGAGACUCUUCAAUCGUGCCCACGAAGAGAACUGCAAACAGCUUGAAGCAGAAGCCAAGAAGGCUGCUGAGAAUGAAAAAUCAAAAACAGCACAGUUGGAUAAGGAAUCUAGAAAGUCGAUGCAUUCCGCAGCACAGGGAUGAACUGUCUGUGGCGGAUUGUUGGAUAGGAGAGCAAAUGGCAACGACAGGCAAGCAAAACAGAAAAAAGGAUACUGUCAGAACAGAAGAGAGAGGACAAGGUAACCCUCUCUGUAACUGCAUUGGGUAAGGCGGAACUUGGGCCUUCUUUGUUGUGAUUGGAAGCUAGCUCGACUUUGUUUGGAUCAGUGUGUUGCGGAUGGGACAGUGGCUAAUGGAUUGGUGAAAGGGAAAGUUGCAACAAAACAGGGGAACACAUGUACUAACUUAGGUUCACAGCAACUAAGUUAACUUUGCAAGUAGCCAGGGAAAAUGAAGAGACGUUGCUUCCGCAAUAAAAUGUUACUGUGUCAGUUCCGAAUAUUUCACUUUUGGUUUUACUC